GUGGUAUUUGAGGGGAUGUGGGGCCCAAACAGAGCCAGUGGUGCCAUUUCUAUUGAUGAUAUUUCCUUUCAUGAGGGACACUGCAACAUGAGACCCCACCAUGCAACAGUACGCCCAGAGGACUGCUCCUUCGAGCGUGGAAUCUGUGGCUGGCGCAAUGCGACACUGUCAGACUCUGGCGAGCAACUCAUGUCGUGGCAGGUCGCCUUCGACAUGCACCGCCCAGCAGAGCUCCCCGAUAAAACUUUUGGUACAUCAGGUGAGGUUACUGGUGCGGAGGUACGUCCUCUCUGCGUGCCACAGCCUUGCCUCAGAGCUGGUGGGUCUUUAGUUCUAAGAAGUUUGGACGAAUACUAUUUAGCAAAGAGGCAACCACGAGUUUUAAAAGUACAAGCUUAUGUAUUUCCUUAA